CGAUUGAGAUGAAAGAGUAUCCUACCAUUAGAUAACAUCGAGAAAUAUCCAGAGGAAAAGAAAUUCACUAGAAAGAAUGGAGAAGAUUUUUCUUUUAGUUUUUAUUCACAUGCUUGGGUUUUCGCACCAACUUCCACCUUAUGUUGAUCCAGACCGUUUAUCAAAGUCGGCCAAGUUUGUUCCUGAUCUUGACCAUAAGUUACAAGUCACCCCUUUGAAGACUUACAACGUAAAAGAUAUAUUUGAAUGUACACUAGAAUGCCUUGGACAAGAUGGGUGCCUUUCGAUAAACUUCGCAAAGAAUACAGUUGGAGGACUAAAGUUAUGUCAGCUACUUCCUAUCGACAAGAAAGAUUCUAUUGCAGACUUGGUAGCGAGUGCUGAUUUCCAUUAUUAUGACAGCGGAUUGGGUUUACCAAAACAUUGCGCCGAUGCCAAGAAACGCGACCCUUCUGUCAAAAGUGGAAACUAUCGGAUUAGGCUUCCAAACAGAGAGAUUGAAGUUUACUGCGACAUGGAAAACUUUGGUAAGUCACAAUGUCAAAUAUUGGUAGCGUGUAUAACUUAG